AUGGACAGCCUCGAGGACUUUGAGAAGUCGAUUGCGGCUGAAAAGGCGGAGCGAGAGCGUGCCGCUCAGGCCAAAGAGGAACGACGCGACCGGAAGUCCAAGCACCACCGCCAUGAAAGGCCCAGAGACGGCGGCGACAGAGACCGCGAACGCCACGGGAACCAUCGGUCCCGCGACUAUGAGCCCGGUGACGAUGACGGCCAUCGCCACAAGCGGUCUCGGCGCACGCGCGACGGCGAAGAGGGCGAGUCUGGCCAUCGCCAUAGGCACAGACACCGGUCCAGAGAAGGCUCGAGGGACCGCGAUCGCACUAAGGAGGUCAAAGAUUUGAAGCAGUCUGAUCCCAAAGAAGACUUGCCCUUGCCGGACGAAGAGAGGACCCCGACAGACGACCCGCGCCUCGCCGCGCCUCUCGUCCGAGACUCGUGGAUGUCUGCCCCGUCAGCCCUCGACGUCGACUACGUGCAAAGGGGUGCGAAGAAAAAGAACCCGCCGCCCCAAAAGGAAGAGCCCAAACGUCAACUGCACAAGCGUGAGCUUAAUACUGGGCUCGCCGAGCUAGACGGGCGGACAUCGGUUGAGGACUUGGACAGUUCCGCCAAGCAGCAGGUCUCUUACAAGUUCGGCGACGAAGGCUCUCAAUGGAGGAUGACAAAACUGAAGGCGGUCUACACAGCUGCGGAGCAGACAAAUCGCCCAGUCGACGUAGUUGCUAUUGAAAGAUUUGGCAGCUUGGAAGAAUUUGACGAGGCUAGGGAAGAGAAGAUUGAAGUGGACAGGAGGCGUGUGUAUGGGGAAGGAUAUGUCGGCAAGGAAAAGCCCGCGGGCGACCUCUACGAAGAGCGGAUCGCGAAUGUCCGUCUUCAGGAGCACAAGGAAAAUUCUCGUCGGCAUGAUUCUCCGCCUCCUCAACAAGGCAUAGUCGUGGAGGACAUGGUUCGCCCAGCGGCGCCUCUGGAUCAGUCGGCUCUCAACCGCAUGCGCGCGCAGCUCAUGAAAGCGAAACUGCGGAACGCCCCUGACAUCGCAAAGCUCGAAAAGGAGUACAAUGCGGCCCACGCCGCAUUUAGCUCGGGCGCUGCAGCCACUAAUGCGAUCGUCCUUGACGCUUCUAACAGCCGUCUGUUGGCUGGUUCCCGCGGCGAGGUGAAGGCCAUCAUCAACAAGCGCGGUCUCGAAAGGGGCAAUGUUGAAGAAAACGAAGACAUGAGCAUCGACGACAUGGUACGCGAGGAACGUCGCACACGGGGCCAAGCUGGUGGCGAGGGCAUGCGCCUGGCCGAGCGGAUAGCCAAGGACGGAAAGUUCGACAACGACCUGGAAUACAUGGACGAGAACGCCGAGAAGCUGGCCAAGCGCGUCCACAAGAACGAGGCGAGCCUCAAGAACGUCGCUGUUUCCGAGUACAAGAAGCUGAACCGCAUUCUCGACACCUGCCCCCUCUGCCACCACGAGGAUCGCCCCCCACCCCAGGACCUCCCCGCUGCGCCCAUAAUUUCCCUAGCGACGAGAGUCUACCUCACCCUUCCCACGGCGCCCGAGCUCACCGGUGCGGAGGGUGGCGCCAUCAUCGUGCCCAUCAGCCACCGGACCAACCUGCUGGAAUGCGACGACGACGAGUGGGAAGAGAUCCGCAACUUCAUGAAGAGCCUCACGCGGCUGUACCAUGACCAAGGCCGCGACGUGAUCUUCUACGAGAACGCGGCGGCUCCGCAGCGGCGGCUGCACGCGGCGCUGGUGGUGGUGCCGAUCCCGUACGAGCUCGGCGAGACGGCGCCGGCCUUCUUCCGCGAGGCCAUGCUGUCGGCCGACGAGGAGUGGUCGCAGCACAAAAAGAUCAUCGACACGGGCAAGCGCGCGCGCCAGGACGGGCUCGGCAAGAUGGCCUUCCGCCGUAGCAUCGCUAAGGAGAUGCCCUACUUCCACGCCUGGUUCACCAUCGACGGCGGCCUCGGCCACAUCGUCGAGGACGCCGAGCGCUGGCCCAGGGGCGACCUCUUCGCGCGCGAGAUCAUCGGCGGUAUGCUCGACUGCGAGCCCGACGUCAUCAAGCGCCAGGGCAGGUGGACCAGGAGCGACGACAGGAUGGACGGGUUCAGGAAGCGCUGGCGCAAGUUUGAUUGGACCAGAGUCCUUACCGAAGGUGCGGAGUGA